AUGUCAACCCCCAUCAUCAUCCUCGAUGGUGCCCUAGGCACCCUCUUAUGCGACACUACAUCUCCAGAAGCCUCAGCCUCGCCGCUAUGGUCAUCAAUCGACCUGCUGCAUAAUCCCAGUCGGUUGGCUGACGUCCAUGCCCAAUAUAUUAAAGCUGGUGCAGGAUGCAUCGAAACAGCAACCUACCAACUGUGCCGCGAGACGCUGCUUCGGAGCGGCGUUUCGGAUGAAGAUCAGAUGAGAAAAAUAUGUCAUGCUGCUAUGCAGCUUGCAGUUGAUGCAACCAAGGAUUUAAAGCCCACGGGUAAUAAUAAUAAUAAUGCAUCGGUUGCAUUGAGCUUGGGACCGUUUGGGAUGUGUUUACACCCUAGCCAGGAAUAUUCCGGGGCCUAUCCUCCGCCGUACAACACUGAUUCGGCAGAUGCGGUAGAUGCAUUAGAGAAAUGGCAUCGAGAUCGGUUACAGGCAUUUCAAAAGGCAUCGAAUGAUGCUUUUGAAGAAAUUGAUAUUUUGGCAUUUGAAACCGUGCCGUAUAAGCGAGUGGACGAAAUUAUAGCAAUAAGAAGAGUUAUCGAUUCGGAAGAGUUUAGGGGAAGGAAAGCUUGGAUAAGUAUGGUAUACACAGAAGUACCGAAGGAAGAAGUUAUUGGUAGGAUAACACGUAAAGUCUUCGAAGAUAUACCAUUUGGGAGUACACAGCGAGGGAUUGGAAUUAAUUGCACCAAACUUGAGAAUGUAAGGGAAAUCGUGAGGGUAUAUUCAAAAACGAUCAUAGAUAUAGGGAUUCGGAAAGAGGAUGUGUUUCUUGUGCUAUAUCCGGAUGGCGGGCUAACUUAUGACGUUAACACGAAGACAUGGAGCGAUGAAAAUGGGAUGGCUGAGGUUGAAAAGUGGUGCAGGCUCUUACAAAAGAUCGUUGAAGAAGCAGUAAACGACGGAUGUUGGGGAAGCAUUAUUAUUGGAGGAUGUUGUAAGACGACACCGGAACAUAUUUCCGAACUAUCAAAGACAUUUGCGGCGAUUCAAUAG